AUGUUUACCAUUAAUCCUAAUGGUUCUGGUGGUUGUUACAAUUCAAAAACUCUUUCAUGGAACGAGAGCACAGAUUGUUGCUCAUGGAAUGGAAUUCAUUGCGACGAGAUGAUGGGACAAGUGAUUGAGCUUGAUCUCCUUUGCAGCGGACUGCUUGUCUCAUUCCAACACUUGAUGCAUCUUGAUUUGAUGUAUUCAGGUUUUACAGGUGUAAUCCCAGAAGAAAUCUCUCACCUUUCUAAAUUACAAGUUCUUAGUAUAUCGACCGUUGAUCCGUAUGGUCUUAGACUUGGGUCUUACAAUUUUGAACCGCUCCUUAAGAACUUGAUCCAAUUAAGAAAGCUUCACCUUGACUCAGUGAGCAUCUGUUCCACCAUUCCUCUGAAUUUCUCAUCUUAUUUAGCAACUCUAUGGCUUCCAAGCACGCAGUUACGUGGGGUAUUGCCCGAAAGAGUUUUCCACCUUUCCAACUUGGAACACCUUGACUUAUCAUUCAAUUCCCUAACUGGUCCGAUUCCAUCCAACGUAAGUGGACUCCAAAACCUACAAUUACUCUACUUGUCAUCAAACUACUUGAAUGGGACUAUACCUUCCUUUAUAUUCUCCCUCCCGUCUCUACAAUUGUUAGACUUGAGAAAUAACUCUUUCAGUGGCAAAAUUCAGGAGUUCAAGUUCAAUAAUACAUUGGAAUUCGUUUCUGUAAAACAAAAUCAGCUGCAAGGUCCUAUUCCAAAGUCACUCCUAGACCUGCAGGACCUCAAAUUAAAGACUGCUAAAAACUGGACAUAUACCUUACAGUGCUAUUAUAUCCGAAUGCACAGUUUGUUGCUGAGAAGGCUAGAAAACAAGGAGGUAUACCGUAACUACGGAGAGCAAAACAUACUGUAG